AUGGGUCUGUCCUUUGUACUGGUUGGCAUCUCCAUAGCAAGGAUGCUCUCUUUGGAAGGGACAUGGCAGUCCUUUGUUGAGUCAUUCUCCAGAAAUGCUUCAUACAUUAUAUCCACAAUUUUGUGGGUAUACUGGGGUGUUUGUCUUAGUGACAUGAUUCCAUUUUACAUGGGGAAGCUCUUUAGACAAUCUGGGGCAUCUGAUGAUGUUUGUUCAAAGUUGGGGAUCAGCAAGGAGAGAGCAAUGAAUAUCACAUCUGUAGUUCAACGAUAUGGGAAUCUCGUAGGUUUUGUAGAACGAUUUUCCCUUGGAGUGAGAAAUCCGACAGCAUUCCUAGCAGGAGCACUGGACGUAUCUCCAGAAUGUUUCUUUGCCGGUGUCUGUUGUGGUGGCUUGAUCACUCUUCCAGUUCAGUUGGGGAUUGGAUUCUUACUGAGAGAGCGUCCUGUGUUCGCCCUUGCAACUGUUGCAACCGUUGUGGGAAUUUGGACUGUGUUCCCCUAUGCUGUGGCUGCUUCAACAGCAUUAUUCCUUUAUCUAAGGCGACGCCUCUACUCCAGCUAG